UGGUUUAUAUCACUGAUUUAUGAGUUUCAACCCGAAUUAAACUAAAUGUGGUCUUCAAAUGGCUGUUGUACCUCGUGGAGUUCUUAUUGGAAUGUUUUUCUAUCUAACAUUCGCGAUUGCAGGGACAAUUUGGAUAUCCAUGAAAUACUUGAACGAAAAUGGCUGUGAUUGUCGUCAAUAUUUCGAGAGCGCGAAGUUGUCUGGUGGUCUGCGAGCUGCACAUGAACACGACUUUCCACACUCAGACGACAAUAUUAAAAUAGUUGCUGACAAACAAAAAAGGGCCAACGGAGAUUUCCUACAAACUUUUGGGAUAGAAAGUGCAGUUAGAGAGGGGAGACUUCCUGAAGAGGAUUGGGGACCACACCAACUUGGUCUGGUUGUACCUUACAGAGACAGAUUUGAGGAGCUGCUUGAAUUUGUUCCACACAUGCACAAGUAUUUGAAUGACAAGAAAGUCAGACACAAAAUAUUUAUUGUUAACCAAGUUGAUAAGCAUAGAUUCAAUAGAGCUUCCCUUUUAAAUGCAGGAUUCUUGGAGGCAAGAGGGAAUAAUUGUGACUAUAUAGCUAUGCAUGAUGUGGAUCUCCUACCUCUGAACAAGGACUUGUAUUAUGGAUUUCCUGAUAAAGGGCCUUUCCAUGUAUCAGCACCUUUUCUACAUCCAAAAUAUCACUAUCCAACAUUUGUAGGUGGAAUUUUGAUAAUGUCAAUUGCCCAGUUUGAAAAGGUUAAUGGACUCUCUAACAAAUUUUGGGGCUGGGGUCGGGAAGAUGACGAGCUGUAUCAGCGAAUGAAAGAAGCUGGCUUGACUAUUUAUCGACAUAGUAAAGCGAAAAUAACCACUGGUUAUGACACCUUCAAGCAUGACCAUGACUCCAAGAAGAGAAAGAGGGACUAUGCAAGAUUUUAUAACCAGAAAAAGGAGUCAUUCAAGAGAGACAGGGUAACUGGACUAACCUCGUUGAAGUACAGAGUAGAAAAACGGACAAAUCUUAACAUCAAUGGGGCGCCUUGUACGAUCUUAAACGUUCACUUGGAUUGCGAUUUGGAGCAGACACCCUGGUGUGACAAUCCUGAUUCAUGACAAAUAUACUUAAGAAACAGUGUAACAAGUUUACUCCUCGUACACCAGACAGCAGCCAUAUGUCAUUACAACGGUCCUAAUACCAUGAUUGUCUUCUUUGGUUUAGAAAAUGCUCUGACAAAAAUGAAACUAGAUGUGGCUUGCAAGGAUGUUCUGUGGUCUACCAGAAAACCUCAGCUGUUAAACAAACAAUGAAACAAACAAUAAAACAAACAAAAUAGGCAUUCCUUGGUCUACGAAUUCAUUGAACUCGAGUUGUAAAUAAAAAAUUUUCCUUGUUUAUGAAGAAGUGUGCGUUAACCUUUAAAAGUUCCAUUUAAGGAAUGUUUUCCAAGUUUUUUUUGUUGUUGUUUUUGUCUGUUUGUUUUAUGUAUUAUAUAUUUAUGACCGGAGUUCACCAAAAAAAGUCGCAACCAGCCACACGCUAAGUCAUACAUUUGAAGAGAAAAAAGAGCACUAUAUUUUUUUUUUAACUCAAUCGAAUAUGAUUUGCAACGUACAUGUACUCGCUACUAAUCUCGUAAAAUGUUAUGAAGUGUGCGCUCUGUAAUAAUGUUCAAAAUGAACAUAAUAAAUACAAUUGAACAGCUUAAUGAAA